AUGCUGCGGCUCAUACGACGACUCCUCGGCCAGCCCGCAAAACCGCAACUGCCACCCUUCAACUUCGCGCGCAACCGCUACAAAGCAAAGAAGAAUUGGCCGCCCAACCUGCGCGAGCUGACGGAGAAGCAACAAUUCCGCUUCGAGCGCAAAUUCAAGCGUCGCCUGCGCCUCAAGUCGAUCAAGCCACAGUGGCAGAAGUGGACCAAGAUUGUGCAGUGGGGGCUGAUUGGCUUCGUCAUCGUGUACGGCGUCCUCUUCCACGACUUUGCCAAGGAUCCGAUGAAUCCGACGCCGGGCGAGCAGCCGUUCAAGAGAUUGAGGGAGCAGAUGAAGGGGCUGUACGGGGGAAUGUGGACACAUACCGAGUCUAUUGCUGGGCAGGAGCGUGGCUCCCGGAGGACUGCGGGGGCUGUGGAGGAGGGUGAGGAGGGUGAGGAGGGUGAGGAGGAGCGGCCGGAGCGGUAG